AUGUUAUCACAACCAGCUGUACCUUCUGGACCACCAACUAUAGAACAUCUUAAAGAUAAUGAAGAUGAAUCAUAUUUUGAUUCUUAUUCUCAUUUUGAUAUCCAUCAUCAAAUGUUACAGGAUAAAGUGAGAACAGAGAGUUAUAGAGAUUUUAUGUUAAAUAAUAAAGAGUAUUUUAAAGAUAAGAUAGUAUUAGAUGUUGGUUGUGGUACAGGGAUACUCUCAAUGUUUGCAGUUAAGGCUGGAGCUAGUCAUGUCAUAGGUGUAGACCAGUCAGAAAUUAUUUAUCAAGCCAUGGAUAUUGUCAGAGAGAAUGGGUUAGAAAAUAAAAUAACUUUAUUAAAAGGAAGGUUAGAAGAUGUUGAAUUACCUUAUAAACAGGUUGAUAUUAUUAUAUCUGAAUGGAUGGGGUAUUUUCUACUAUUUGAGUCAAUGUUAGAUACUGUUCUAGUAGCUAGAGAUAGAUAUUUAAAACCAGGAGGAAUGGUAUUCCCUGAUAUAUGUACUAUAUCUGUAACAGCUAUCAGUGAUUUUAAACUCUAUAAUAAAGAUGUCUUAUUUUGGGAUGAUGUGUAUGGUUUUAAAAUGACCUGUUUAAAAAGUGAAGUGAUAAAAGAAGCCUGUGUAGAUAUUAUAAAAAAUGAUACUGUUGUAACAGAUCCUUGCGUUUUAAAGACUAUAGAUGUCAGUGAUUGUCAGCUAUCAGAUCUUCAGUUUAAAUCAGAAUUUAAUUUAACAAUGACAAGAGAUGGUGAAAUUACAGCUUUUAUUGGUUAUUUCAAUAUUUACUUCCAAAAACAUUUAUCUCAACCAGUGGAAUUUUCAACAGGACCAGAAGCAACACCUACCCAUUGGAAACAGACAGUAUUUUUAUUACCUAAACCAUUAUCAUUAAAGAAAGGAGAGGAGAUCAAAGGAGUUUUAUCUUGUAAAAAGAAUAGAAAAGAUCCCCGAAGUCUAGUAAUAUCUUUAACAUAUAAUGAUAAAAGACAUAUUUAUAUAAUGGAAUAA